CGAGCAUUUCAUUUCAUUCCUACUUUUUUUCUGGCACUACAUCAAUUUUUCGGACUAAGGGAAAAUAACAAAAAUCAACUUGGAAAAACAGUAGUAAAUUGUGAACUGCAAUAGAAAAGUGAAUUAAACACAUUGAACUAACUAGGCAGAUACAUCGACUGCACUAAAUUUUGAAGUGGCAGCCUCCCGUAGUUGGAGUCCCUAGUAGUAUCCUGAUACCGAUACAGAGGAUGUUGCGUCAACUUCAAUUGAGAGCCCCUAUCAAGGGACUGCAGCUGAAACGCUCGUUGACCUACAAUUCCAAGCAGUUACAGCCAUUUGCUUCGGUUGAGUUGGUUAAAAAGGAGCCGCAUAUCAAAUUGCAACUAACGCCAGGACGCUACGUAUCCCAGCUAAUCGAUAAGAUUGCCCCAAAGAUGGUACAGUGCAGCAAUAACUUGCCAUUGGGUUACUCCAACAUGCACAUGGAGCUGCCGAUCUAUGAGAAUCGAACAAACAUUAGGCAAUACAGCGUUUGCUUAAAUCCGCUGGAGCAGUUGCAGAUAGAACAGGGCAAGAUAAACCGUAACAGCAAUGUGCCAAUUGGCUAUACAGAUAUGGCGGUGGAUCAGCCAAGCAAUACAGCCGUUGUUACCGUCGAGCACUCGCCAGCUGAGCAAAGCAUGAAAAACGUUGGCGUCGCAAAGCCGCCGCCGCAGCCCAAGGCGCCGGAGCAGCCGGCACGGAAGAUCCCACAUUACAAUCCACUUAGACGUCGCAGUAAUGUCGAUCCGGCGCGUGUCCAAUAUAUAAAGGAUAGAUUUAAAGAGCGAAGCAUGGAGACUGACACCAAUAAACCGCAGGGUAAAAAGUUUAUCUCGCGUACCACGCUGCAUUCUGGUCGCUUGGACAAGAUUGAUUAGAUAGCUCUCCAUGAAGUCUCCCCGAUUUUCCCGAUUUUAGUUAUACACGACAAGUCGAGUGUAGAACAGCAUUCACCUUAUGUUUUCAGGAAUUUGACUUAAAUAUAUUUGUUUGCCUAUUGGCCAAUUAGACUCGCACGAAAGUGAUCUGUUCCAU